AUGCCAAUCCAAGACCUGUUUGUUAGCGGUAUAACUGGAUUACUGAAAAAAUUGAGUUAUGUUGUUUCCCAACAUAUUAGUGAGGCUUGGGGUGUCAAAGAUGAUCUGGAAAAACUUAAAGGAACUUUGGAGAUGAUAGCGGCUGUAACAAUGGAUGCUGAGAACAAGCAAGGAGAAUCUGAGGUUGUGAGGCUUUGGCUACAAAGGCUCAAGGCUGUUGCGUAUGAUGCUGUUGAUGUUCUGGACGAGUUUUCAUAUGAAGCCAUGCGUCAAAUUGAACUAUGUGGCGAAGGAGAUAAGGUACAACAAUGUUUUUCAUCAUCCAACUCAGUUGCCUUUAAUUUCAAGCUGGAUCAGCAAAUAAAAAUUAUUAACAAGCGGCUAGAUGAUAUUUCUGGUGAGAUGAAAAAGUAUCAGUUAAUUUCUAUCCCUGAUUGUGACACUUCUGAUCACGAAACUGCGCAACAAAACCGACUAGUUUCAUCCUUGGUAGACGAAUCAAGUUUUCUAGGUAGAGAAAAUGAUAAGUCAACCAUCAUAAAUCUGCUAACUACACUCCAGGAAUCAUCAACAUCAUCCUCCAUGAGAUUUUCUGUCGUCUCGAUGGUGGGUAUGGGUGGAAUAGGAAAAACUACACUUGCUCAAAUGGUCUUCAAUGAUAACUCAAUAACAAGUUUCUUUCAUGAACUAUUUUGGGUGCAUCUGUCUGAUGAUUUUAACAUCAAAAAGAUCUUAAUAGAAAUAAUUGAGUCAGUCACCAAUAAAUACUGUGAUGAUGUAUCAAAUGAAACGGUCUUAGUUAAUAAACUUAAAGAAGUGCUGAGCGACAGAAAAUAUUUACUAGUACUCGAUAAUUUAUGUAAUCAGGAUGCAAAAGACUGGGAUAAACUUAAGGGUUCACUAAUUGCGGGUGCUCAAGGGAGUAAAGUCUUAGUCACUACACGUAGCAACAUAGUCGCGUCAAUUGUUCAAGAUAUUACCCCACCAUACAUUCUAAAAGAGUUAGCAGAUAGUGUUUGUUGGUCUAUUAUGAAGAACAAAGCAUUUUGUCUGGGUGGAGCAUUGGAGACUCAAAAAAUGGCAUGUAUAGGAGAGGAAAUUUCAAAAAAAUGUGGUGGUUUGCCACUAGGGGCGAACUUUCUUGGGAGUCUUAUGCGCUUGCAUAAAACUGAGCAUAAUUGGUUGUCAUUCAGAGACCAUGGUAGUUUGAGCGCAAUAGAUGCAUUAACCCGAAUCAUGUCAAUAUUAAAAUUGAGUUAUGAUAAAUUACCCUGUCAUUUGAAACUUUGUUUUUCCUAUUGCUCUUUAUUCCCAAAGGGUUGGGUCGUUCAGAGGAAAGUUUUAAUUCGGCUGUGGAUGGCUGAAGGGUUCCUUCAUCCAUCACAUGGUGGGAAUCAAAUAUCACCAGAAGAUCUCGGUAAUGAUUAUUUCCAUUGUUUACUGGCUAAUUCGUUUUUUCAAGAUGUGACGAAGGAUGAGUUAGGCGACAUCAUAACAUGCAAGAUGCAUGAUUUAGUACAUGAUCUUGCCUUGAGUGUCAGUGGUGUUCAUGAUAUCAAGAAUGUGCAUUCCACUGAAACGGAAUCUAUUUCUGAAUUUCGUCGUUUGCAGUUAGAUCUAGACGAGCAUACAUCAAAAUCAUUUUCAGAAGUUUUGAAAAAUACAAAAAAUUUGAAGUCUGUUUUUUCACUUGAAAACGAUCAUUUGGAAGAACAUUUACUUUUAGGCAAGAACCUGCGGGUAGUUUGUUUGCUUGGUCAGCAUAAUCUUGAGAUUUCUUUCAUUUUUAAGCAUAAGCAUUUGAGGUACCUUGACCUGUCUUAUUGUAGCUUUGAUGAAGGAAAUCAUGUGUCCAUCAAUCAACUUUACAAUUUGCAGACAUUAAGGCUUCGUAAAUGCAAAAAUGUUGAAGUGAUUCUUGUAGGCAUUGGGUCUCUGAAGAUAUUAAGGCACCUAAACCUCUCAUAUUCAGAUGUAGAAAAGCUACCUGAUUCGAUCGUCCAGCUUACUAAUUUGCAGACAUUAGAUCUAUAUUGUUGCAAAAAACUAGUAGAAUUACCUGUAAAUAUUGGGGCCUUGAAAGAUCUAAGAGAGUUGGAGCUGGAAGACUGUGAAGCCGUAGAAGCUUUACCUAGAGAAGUCGGAAGAUUGUCACGAUUAAGGUGUCUGGAUAUUUCAGGUACUAAGAUCAAAGCGUUGCCUGAGUCAUGCAUUAGCAACCUUUGGAAUUUGGAGUCUAUCGAUUUUGGAAAUUGUGAGGUUUCCAAAGAAAUCAAGAACUUGUCAAAUUUGAGGAUCUUAAGAUAUUGGGGAAAGAAAGGAGAUGAUGAAAUGCCUAGAGGUAUAGAUUCUCUUACUUGCCUUGAAGAGUUAGUUUACACCAUCUCUUGUAAUGGUGGCAGUGGGAUCGAAGAUUUAGCCAACCUGAACUCUCUUCAAGUGUUACAUAUUCCCAAUAUGGAGUUUGUGCGAGGUGGUAUUGACGCGGAGAAAGCAAAGCUAAAAGAUAAGGUAAACCUCCGUGACUUAGAUUUAAAAUGGAGCAUCUCUUAUUAUAACGAUGCUGAUUUAAAAUGGAGCUACCCUUCUUAUAACGAUGCCGAUAGAGUGCAGUUUGAUGAGGUGUUGGAGGGUCUCGAACCUAACCCGAAUUUGAGAGAGUUGAGAAUAGAUUAUUUUCCAGGGUUAAAGCUUCCGAAAUGGAUGGGUUCGUCCAAUUGCCUUCCUAAUUUAGUGGAUUUAACGCUUUGGCGUUGCGAUAGAUGUGAGAAGCUAACAGGGCUAGGUAUACUCCCAUGUCUUAGGGUGCUUCAUAUUGCUGGAAUGGGUUCAGUAAAGCGUUUGGGUGAAGUGUUUUAUUACCAGCAAGAAGAAGAAGGAAUCAGCACCAACAAGAAAAAUGCUACUGCAAUAUCAUUAUUCCCUUCGUUAAUUAAGUUGUGGAUUUGUGACAUGGAGAAUCUAGAAGAAUGGUUUGCUCCUCAGCUCCCGAUAUUUCCUUCCCUUGAGAAGCUAGAAGUCGAUAUGUGCCCAAAGCUGAGAGGGACUCCGAAUUCAUUUUCUUCUCUUAAGGAAUUGAGUUUAUCUGACAUCAACGGCAAGGCAGUAACCUCUAUCUUAGGAACCGGAGGACUUAGCUCUCUCCAAUCCAUUUAUAUAUAUAAGUCUCCAAAUCUAAAAUAUAUCCCAGUUUUCGUUCUCCUCCAACACAUUACUCCGAAUCUUGAAGAACUAGCUAUUUCGGAUUGCUCGAAGUUCCGAGGGUUUCUUGAUGAUGGCAAUAUGAACUACUACAACAACAGGUAUGGUUAUUAUAGUGAUGGUGAUGUUGAUAGUGGUGAUGAAGAUGAUGCAUAUGAUAUGAAUUUAUCAUUAUAUUUUUCGUCUCCUAUUAUCAACUCCCACCCCGAAAAUAAAACCAAUUCUCUCCACUCAUUAAAUUUGAAUGGUUGUCCUCUUUUAGAAUUCGUACCGGAUUUACGAUCUUUUACUUCUCUCCGGAAACUAUGCAUAUUGGAGUGCGGCAUAUUGAUGGGGUCAAGGCCCUACGAUCUCAGGAAAUCUCUUACCUUUGUUCAAGACUUGAAGCUUGAUUUUAUUCAAAGAGAAGAGGAGUAUCUACAAGUAUUUCCUUCUGCUCCUACUGUUAGAGCCUUGCUGUGUAAAAGAAUCCGCGACUCAUACAUGAAACCUCAGUUUGUGUCAGCUGUCAUGGAACCACUCCAAGUUGAUAAGUUAAUGGAAAAGCUGGUUGGGGAACUCUCGCCUGAAGAGCUCCAAAGAGUUGCACUUGGUGUAUGUUUAAUGCAGCCUGCAGAUGUAUAUCCGAUAGACGAGCCAAGUGCUUAUCUUGAUUCUCAGCAGCGUAUUACUGCCUCAAAAGUCAUUGAGAGGUUUAUCCACCAAGGGAAGAAGACUGCUUUUGUUGUCGAGCAUGAUAUCACAAUGGCGACUUAUCUUGCUGAUAGAGUCAUUGUGUUUGACGGGACACCAUCUGUUGACUGUACUGUAAAUGCUCCUCAGUCUCCUUUGUCAGGAAUGAACCUUUUCCUAUCAAUAUUAAAUAUAACAGUUAGACGGGAUCCAGCCAACUUCAGGCCCUGGAUUAACAAGUUGGGAUCCACUGGAGACAGAGAACAAAAAGCUUCUGGGUCUUAUUAUUACCUCGGUGACUAG